AUGAUGGCGGGCGGCACUGGCGAGAAGCUCACCACGGCGACCAUCAUCGUUGCUGGCGUCGCCGCUCUGAUAGCCACGUUUCUGUCGGCUGUGAAAAACUACCGAAAACCACUCCUCCAGCGAUACGUUGUCCGGAUCCUACUCAUGGUCCCCAUUUACUCGAUCGCGUCAUGGACAAGCAUGAUCUCUAUCAAAGCGGCCUCUUUCCUCGACCCCGUUCGAGAUAUCUAUGAGGCCUUUACCAUCUACACCUUCUUCCAGCUCCUCAUCAACUAUCUUAGCGGAGAACGAGCCCUGAUCAUCAUGACCCACGGCCGCGAACCAGUUUCCCAUCUGUGGCCUCUCAACCAUGUGCUGCCACGCGUAGACAUAUCGGACCCACACACGUUCCUGGCAAUCAAGCGUGGCAUCCUUCAGUACGCAUGGCUUAAGCCCAUUCUGGCCUUAGCUGCAGUCAUCAUGAAGGCCACGGGAACCUAUCAGGAGGGUUAUAUUGGCGUCGAAUCGGGCUACCUCUGGAGCGGUAUUAUCUACAACAUCAGUGUGACCGUGAGCCUGUACUCCCUUGGUCUGUUCUGGGUUUGUAUGCACAACGACCUUUUGCCCUUCCGCCCUGUACCCAAGUUCCUGUGCAUCAAACUCAUCAUCUUCGCCUCUUACUGGCAAGGAUUUUUCCUGUCUAUUCUUGUCUGGCUGGGUGCCAUUCCAGACAGCGUCGAGGGAUAUACCCCCGACAACCUGGCCGCUGCUAUUCAAGAUGCGCUUAUUUGUAUCGAGAUGCCGGCUUUCGCCAUCGCUCACUGGUACGCCUUCUCGUGGCAUGAUUUUGCCGACAAUAGCAUCUCAUCUGCGAGAAUGCCUGUCAAAUUCGCCCUGCGCGAUGCAUUUGGCAUUAGGGAUCUCAUCGAAGACUCAAAAGAGACGUUCACCGGCGACAAGUACGGGUACCGCUUUUUUGACUCUGGAGACAAAAUCAUGGCACACGAGGAGUCGCGUGCUAGACUGGGCAGGCUCGACGAAGGCAUGCGGUACACUAGGGGCGGUAAAGCGAAGUAUUGGAUUCCGACACCCGGUCAGGUGGACCGUCAGACGAAUCGUGACUUGAACGAGCGGGAUCCUUUACUUCAGGGGACUGCGGGCGGGCCGAGCGAGGAGUACAACUACGCCAACGGCACCUUUAACGAAGAUCUCGCCAACGACCCGCAGAUAGAUCCUGACGACGAACGGCUCUUUGACAAGGCACGCGAGCUAGAGUUUGGCGACUGGAACGUGAGUGGAAACCCCGUCUCGACGCGUGCCCUGGCUGACAAGCUGCAGUAUCCUGUCAUCACUGCGAAUGAGCCGUUGAGCAAGCGGUACAUGUCCUCUCAGGGAAGCCUGGGCUUCCAUUCCGACCCCCGAUCGACGGUCGAACGUCUGCGGGUAUCGACACGAAAUAGCGAGCCGGCUGUCGUUGCCAGCAAAAAGAAGAAGAAGAAGCAGAAGCAACUCGCAGCCGAGACUCCGGGUGGGACAUCGUCACCAGAUCGUUCUGGGUCUGGUUCUUCGUCGAAGCCGCAUAGUCCGGCCCCUCAGCCCGCAAAGCCCGCCGCCGCGACCGAGGAAGACACUGAACCACGGCCGAGCGCUCAGAGGCAACACAGUCAUUCAGAGGAAUCUCCUCUUCUGCAGGAGGCCAUGACAUCCCCAUGGGCUGAGAGCGAGCAAGAAGACGACUUCAACAAGAACUUUGGCGUGGGAGACGACGAAGAGUUCAAGAAUGUGUGGAGCGGGAGCGAGCCGUCACAGUCCCGUUGA